CGCUAUUGUACCAAAAGGAGCGAGUCCUCCAGCGUCCAGUGAAGCAGCUGUUAACGUCCCCAGGACCGCGGCAGCCUGUCCGCUCCCAGCUGGACAGAGAUGGGCUCCAGGUUACCGCCAGCAGCGCUCUCUUUAAAGCAGUUCCUACAGAGGCAGAAGGUUCUGGGAGUUUACAGGAGCAUGCUGAGGACCAUCCGCCAAGUUCCGGACGAGGCGGACAGGAAGUACCUGAGAGGCUGGGCCAGGGAGGAAUUCAAGAGGAACAAGAACGCCACCAACCAGGAUGCUAUCCGCAUGAUGAUCACACAGGCCAUCAACCACCUGGAGGAGCUGCAGAAGUCUCUGUUGCUGGCGAGAAGCUGACCUCUGCGUUCUUCAGGAGUGUUCUUUACUUUUCUUCAGUGA